GAAAACCUGCAACAGUUGACUUCCAUAUAAGGAAAAACAAAAGGAUCAAUGGUUACGUUUCUUCGAAAUAUCAUCAUCUGUGUUCAACAAAAGAAAGAAACUCAUUUGGAACAAGUAAAGGGUGAGUAAAUAUUAUUUAUUUUUGAGUGAACUGCUUUAAAGCAUUGAUGUUUUAUAAUGCACCACAAUACUGUGCUGUUACAUGUACAACAGUUUUCUGAGCAGCCUUCUUAAACGACCAUUUAUCAGGAGAACAGUUGGACGUACCGUACUGAGAACACAGUGUAACUGCGACUUAAAGUCUGAGCACAUUGAGAGGUCAUUUAAGUUUUUCGAUUGCUGCAACGUCCAUGUCUGUCCUCUAGUAGGCAGUGUGGAGUCUCUCCCCACCAGCUCAGACUGCAGUCUGUUCUCCUCAGGGACAUCAUACAUGUGACCAUACUAACGCUGUCUAUUACUAGAGCUCCAGCUGUCAACUUAACAGAUGUCUGCACAGGCACUCUUGUUUGCGAAUGUAGAAUAACUUGCUGUGUUCGUUUCUUCAGAACAUUCUCCUAAAUGGUGCGGGAAACAAAGUUUGAGGGGAGUUUCUGGAGAUGAAAGUGUCACGUUUUGCUGCUUUUUUUUAGUGUUAGAGACCAGACAGACGGCAGGAAUCAAGUUAUGCAGCAGUCACCGGGCGUGUGUCUGCCACGCUUUAUUGAUUUAUUCUAAUUUAUUUGCUGUUGAUAUUAGACGAGUGGAACACGGCAGUUUAUCUCUAAUAGCGCUGACUCACGCUGUAGCCCAUCGGCGUCUCAGCAUUAAAACUCGGAGACUGAAGCACAGCGCCUUCUUCCCCACUUUGCUGAGAGACGCUGCUUUACUGCCCCACUGCUCUGUACUCAACUCUUCCUCGCACACUACAGUCUUUCAGCCGUCCGUCUGAUACGUGCCGCCUUAAAACGCUCUGGGUUUGAUGUACUGAUCUGACAUUCAGGGCAGCUUUGAGACUGAGUCUCCCUCCUUUCUUUUUCUUAUCGGUUGAGUAUCUGUCUGAUGCCGUGUUGGCACAUCUGAUUGGGUAUGCAGACUCUGUACUGAGCAUGCCAGCCUGUGACAGGGACUGCAAUGCAGAGCUGCUCUCCUGGCACACACCAUUUGUCUGCCCUUAAUGUAAAUAAUCCUGAGCACGGAGCUGAUCGUGGCAGAGACGGCUUCUGAUGGAUUAUGUGUCUGCACGCAUUGGGGUUGGUGCAUGCAGGGUGAACGCUCCCGUUCUUGUCUUUUCUUCGUGCGGUGUGACGCUCAAAUAAAAGUGAGCCAUUGCUCUUUCUCUCUCUCUCUCUCUCUCUCUCUCUCUCUUUCUUUCUGUCUUGCCUGUCUUUUGUCUCCAUCGCACAUGAACACGUUUACUCUCUGCAGGGCAGUUAUCCGCAUCAGGCUCUCUCUCUUUCUCUUUCUCUCUUGCUCGAUUUCUCUCUCUCGCUCUCUCUCUCUCUCUCACUCUGUGUCCUUAAAUGACUUUCCUUCAGUCUCACUCCCUCCCCCUCUCUCCCUAGUCUCUGUGUCUGUGCCUAUAGCCUCUCUCCCCCUUUCUGUGACAUACAGUAGAUGGUGCAUCGAUUGCACACAGACGUUCGCUUUCCCUCUCCCUGGCUCAGUCCUGUGCGGGGAGGAAGAGGACGGAUUGAGACGUAUCUCUCUGCUUCUCAAGCUACCUUUCCUCAUGCUGAGCUGCUGUGUGGAGCCUGCCCGCAUUCUCUCUCUCUCAUCUGGGAAGAUUCUGCUAUAGAGAUGUCUGGUGAGAAAAUCCUGUCUUCUCCGGAGAUCUGAAACGGGCAUGAUGUCUCAGCUCUUGCACAUGGAGAUUCCAAACUUUGGCAGCACGGUUCUGGACAGCCUGAACGAACAGCGGCUGCUGGGCCAGCACUGCGAUGUGGCCAUCAUGGUCAACGGACAGGCCUUCAAGGCCCACCGUGCCGUUUUGGCGGCCAGCAGCCUCUACUUCCGCGAUCUCUUCAGCGGUAGUACCCAGACGCUCUUCGAGCUGCCCUCAUCCGUAGCCCCGUCCUGCUUCCAGCAGAUUCUGACCUUCUGCUACACGGGCCGAAUGACGGUUAGUGCCAGCGAUCAGCUGAUGGUCAUGUACACGGCGGGCUACCUUCAGAUCCAGAACAUCGUAGAGCGGGGAAUGGACCUCAUGUUCAAGGCCAGCGCACCGUACUGUGACUCACAGACAUCUGCCACAGACGAUCCCCCUAGCCCAAACAACAACAACUCCUCCCUGUUGCUAGGCGACCAGCCCACAACUGUCUGCAAGAUCAAGGAAGAGAAGCUGGAGACCCCCGUGUGCACUCAGAACGGGGAGCUAAAGCACUCUGAGGAGGACAGGGGACACAGGAGCAGAUCUUCAAGGAAUGGCACUCUUUUCUACACCAGUGCAGGUGUGAACGGUGUCAUACCCGUGAUGCAUGCUUAUGAGCAAUCAACCCGAGAUCAUGCCAGCCCCGGUGCCUCUAGCCUCCCGACCACAGACAGCCCAACUUCUCAUCAAAACGAGGAGGAGGACUUUGAAGAUGACUCGUACGAGAGUCUGACAAAUGGAAAGAUAUUCGGGGGCUCGUCCGGGAUUUACACCAUGCAAGAGAAGAUGGAGGUGUCCUCCCUGCCUCUGUCCUUGGAGAACCGUUUCUGUGUGCUGUUGGGAGGAGACAGAGAGGCUCUGCCUGCCGGACUCAUCAGCCAGAUCGGCUACCGGUGCCACCCUGCACUCUACACAGAAGGCGACCCUGGAGAGAGACUGGAGCUGAUUGGAGGAUCUGGUGUCUUCAUGACUCGUGGGCAGCUGAUGAACUGUCACCUCUGUGCUGGGGUCAAGCACAAAGUCCUGCUGAGACGCCUUCUAGCUGCUUUUUUUGACAGGAAUACACUGGCUGACAGCUGUGGGACUGGAAUACGUUCCUCCAACUGUGAUCCAAAUCGCAAACCGCUGGACAGCCGCAUUCUCAACACCGUGAAACUCUACUGUCAGAAUUUUGCCCCUAACUUCAAAGAAAGUGAGAUGAAUGUGAUUGCUGCAGACAUGUGCACCAAUGCUCGGAGAGUUCGCAAGCGCUGGCUCCCCAAGAUCAAGUCCAUGCUUCCGGAGGCUAUCGAGGUGUACAGGGGAACUGCCGUCCUGAGCCAGGUGGAAGGAGCCACUCAGCCAUGCGGUGGCUUCCCUUUUGAGUCCGAGUUCAAACACCUGGCAGCGUCAAAUCUAACUCUGGAGCAGCAUCUCUACGGAGACUGCCGAGAGACACUGAGGAAUGGCUCGCACUUCAAUAUUGAAGAAAGGCCCCAAAAAGGUGAAGCGGCCAAGACUGAGCCAGCCCGAGCCAAAGAGUCCGAAAGCCCGCCGGAAGUUGAAAGGCUUCCGGAGAGUCCCGAGAGAGCCGCCAGUGUGCUCGCCCUCAACCCAGCCAGCAAGAAAGGGGAAAAGGAGCGGGCACCUAGCAGCCCCAGAUCACAGAGAGAGGAACAGAACAGACAGAGACCGCCUAAAGAUGAUCAGUGACUUCGUCCACUUCAUACUAUUAUGAACUGGUCUGCAGCUUCUCACACCAAAAAGGACCACUCUCAAUAAAG